GCACGCAGGGGUCAGGUGGCCCGCGAUUCUCAGGGGGUGAUCGCCUCUUAAGCGCUCGUUCUCUUCUGUCUCCGAACCUCUCGUACUAUAGGGGCAACCUGCUUUUUCAGGGUCUCUCUCCUGGCGUAAGGAGACCUCGGCAGUAAUUAGUACGGGUUGGAGGCGUGACCAGCACCAGGCCCCGCCCCAUUCUGUGACGUAUGGUGUGGCGCGCGUGGGAGCCGAGAGUAGUGGGUGGGACUGGGUUUAGUAGGAGACCUGGGGGCCGGGGCCGCCUCCUGACGCCCGUCUGCCGGCGGUACUCGCUCCGUCAGUUCGGAGGAGCGGCGGCGACCUCGGCCUCCAGCGUCUCUGACGAACUGUAGUGGCUGCUCCGGCGGUCAGGAUGGUGUUGCUGGGUUUACUGCAGGCGGGCGGGUCGGUGCUGGGGCAGGCGAUGGAGCGAGUGACCGGCGGCAGCCUCCUAUCCAUGCUGCUAAUCGCCUGCGCCUUCACGCUUGGCCUGGUCUACCUGUUCCGCCUCGCAGUCGGCCACCUGGCCCCCUUGCCCGCCGGGGCGAAAAGUCCACCGUACAUUUUCUCUCCAGUUCCAUUCCUUGGACAUGCCAUAGCAUUUGGGAAAAGUCCAAUUGAAUUCCUAGAAAAUGCAUAUGAGAAGUAUGGACCUGUAUUUAGUUUUACCAUGGUGGGCAAGACAUUUACUUACCUUUUGGGGAGCGAUGCUGCUGCACUGCUUUUUAAUAGUAAAAAUGAGGACCUGAAUGCAGAAGAUGUCUACGGUCGUCUGACAACACCUGUGUUUGGGAAGGGCGUUGCGUAUGAUGUGCCUAAUCCAGUUUUUUUGGAGCAGAAGAAAAUGUUAAAAACUGGCCUUAACAUAGCCCACUUUAGACAGCACGUUUCUAUAAUUGAGAAAGAAACAAAAGAAUACUUUCAGAGUUGGGGAGAAAGUGGAGAAAAAAAUUUGUUUGAAGCUCUUUCUGAGCUCAUAAUUUUAACAGCCAGCCAUUGUUUACAUGGAAAGGAAAUCAGAAGUCAACUCAAUGAGAAAGUGGCACAGCUGUAUGCAGAUUUGGAUGGAGGUUUUAGCCAUGCGGCCUGGCUGCUGCCAGGUUGGCUCCCGUUGCCUAGUUUCCGACGCAGGGACAGAGCUCAUCGAGAGAUCAAGAAUAUUUUCUAUAAAGCAAUCCAGAAGCGCAGACAGUCAGAAGAAAAAAUCGAUGACAUUCUCCAAACCUUACUAGAUUCUACUUACAAGGACGGCCGUCCUCUUACAGAUGACGAAGUGGCAGGCAUGCUUAUUGGACUGCUGUUGGCAGGCCAGCACACGUCCUCAACUACUAGUGCCUGGAUGGGCUUCUUUUUGGCCAGAGACAAAACACUUCAAGAAAAAUGUUAUUUAGAACAGAAAACAGUCUGUGGAGAAGAUCUGCCUCCUUUAACUUUUGACCAGCUGAAGGAUCUAAAUUUACUUGAUCGCUGCAUAAAAGAAACAUUAAGACUUCGACCUCCCAUAAUGACCAUGAUGAGAAUGGCCAAAACUCCUCAGACUGUGGCAGGGUAUACCAUUCCUCCAGGACAUCAGGUGUGUGUCUCUCCCACUGUCAAUCAGAGACUUAAAGACUCAUGGGUAGAACGUCUGGACUUUAAUCCUGAUCGCUACUUACAGGACAAUCCAGCUUCAGGAGAGAAGUUUGCUUAUGUGCCAUUUGGAGCUGGGCGUCAUCGUUGUAUUGGGGAGAAUUUUGCCUAUGUUCAAAUCAAGACAAUUUGGUCCACUAUGCUUCGUUUAUAUGAAUUUGAUCUCAUUGAUGGAUAUUUUCCCACUGUGAAUUAUACAACCAUGAUUCACACCCCUGAAAACCCAGUUAUCCGAUACAAACGAAGAUCAAAAUGAAAAGCUGCAAGGAACUAACAAUGUGAAACAUCACUGUAAACUGCAAAAGCAUUUGAAGAGAAUGAAGUUUACAAAACAACUCCUGGUGUAUUCUUUUUUUGAGUGUAAUUUUAAAAGACAGCUUAAGUUAUGGUUUUUGUAUUUUCUUAACUGAAUAGUUCUAUCAAAUCUAAUGGCAUUUCAGAUAUUUCCUAAUGUUUUAUGAUGGCUAUUAAGGAAAUCAAACUCAUUAGUAUGAAAUUAUUUAGGGGGGAUCUUGGUAAUUGACAGAUUCUUAACACAGUUUCCAGGUAUUAAUUUUAACAACAAAUAUAGCUCUUGGAAAGUAAGUUCAGGGUAUUUACAUCUUGGACUAGAUCUGCCAGUAUAAAAAGGCCCAGAGGCCCAGGGAGAUACUUGGAAACCUCAGGUUAUUUAUUUACGGGGUAAUGUUUGUGUGUGUGAGUGAGGAUGGGUGGGUAGGGAAUAAACUCAUAUUUAAAGCCUUGGAUAAAAAAGAAUCCCAUCAAUUGUUUUGGUAGGAUACCUAGCAAUGAUGGAGCUAUGCUGUAGAAAAAUGUCUUUUGAAAUUUACCUGAAAGAAGCAUUGUCUCCAGGAAACAGAUCUGACAAUGACUUAGUAAUUACAUUUCCUAAAAAUUAAUAAUACUAAAGAAUGCACAUGUAUCUUGAUCUAAUUACUAAAUAUUACAUAUUUAUCUACCUGAUAAACUUCUCUCUGGUUCCACAUGGUGACAUAAAUGUGAAAGCCCAAAAUAAAGUCCUUAAGGAAUAGUUCUUGUUCUCUUCGGCUCUAGGUGGUUUCCUGCUUCCUCCCUAGAGUCUAAUUAGGGAUGUUUCUGUUAGUUCUGUUUAUUAAAACAAUUUAGGUUAACAAACUUUUUAAAAAAAACAAAAAAUCAGAGAUCAGGAACUCUGGCUUUAAGGUAAAGGUAACAUGCAGUGAGGGUCUUUGGGAGUAGAAUCACUGGUCGUAUUGUGUGCAGCCUGCAUUCAAGAAUCCACUCAAAGUGUAACUAGGGACCUGACUAUAUACCUGUUGUGAUUUGAUCAUAUAAUCUGUUUUUACUGGAUGAGGCCAAAAUAUUUUCCCUUAUGCAUAAGGGAAGGGCGCUAGAGGACUCAUGUUAAACUAUUUGUGAAGGCAAAAAUCUCUGCUGUUAGAGUUUUUCACAUUAAAAUGAUCUCUGAGAAAAAA